UGGGAUGGUGAAUCACUAUGGCAGUCUGAGAGGUGGACAUUACACCGCCACCCUCCUGUCCAAUGAGGACGAAACCUGGUAUGAGUUCAACGACGACACCGUCAACAAGGUUGAAGAGCAACCAUUUGCAAAAACCGGGACUUAUAGUUCCAGCAGUGCAUAUCUGCUCGUGUACAGAGAAAGUCUCAAAGACGAGGGGAAAGACCAAAGAGGAAGGAUCCAUGAUGACAAAGAAAACAGGCAUGAGAGCCAAGAUCAAGACAGACAAAUACAAAUCAGCACAGAUACAAAGAAACCGAAGGAUCAGACAAGACAUGAAAAGGUUUCAACUUUCAAAAACGGAGACGUUCUCCCCAAACAAAAAACAGACGCAAACAAUGUGGAAAUCGUCAUGGAAGAUGAUCUCCCCAAUCCAAAAACAAGCAAAAUGGAGGUAGAGGAAUGUGAAACGACAAAGGAUAAGGAUCGUCAGCCGCCCAGCAAUCACUUCUUUGGCAUCAAGAGGAAUCAUAUUUAUAUUGCUCUCGGCGCUAUUGCAUCCAUUCUCAUUGUGAUUUCUGUCGUACUUGCAACAACUCUAAAAAACUAGUAGGGAUGUCAGCUUUGAAAUGUCAACCAGCUCCACCUCAAGCUAUCAAGGUGCUGAUGAAGAGGCGAUGAUUCAACAUUCAAACACUAGUUGGUAAAUUGAUGGUUAAGGAACAUGAUUAGGUAUCUCUAAAUGUGAAACAAUAUAUCAUAACGUUGUAUUUACUGUUAUGUCCUGUUUUCUCAGUAUGCUAUUUUGGUGUCAGAUAUUUUAAGAAACCAGCUGAUAAACUAUGAAUGAAUCAGGCCCACAACAAAUAAUGUUCAUGACUUUGCUUUAUGUAGUAUAGAUCCAUAUACUAUCUAAAUAUUAUACAUCAGCAAGGAUUUUGGAAUUGUCUG